UAGAAGUUUAGGAAUAGGGUUUUAAAUCAAUCUCAACUUUCAGACAGAACACUCUACUUGAUCUGGAGCUUGACCCCUUGUAGGCUGCUACUGUGAAUGCUGUGUUGAGUCAGGUGUAUUUAGAGACGCUACUGUGAAUGCUGUGUUGUUGUCAGGUGUAUUUAGAGACGCUACUGUGAAUGCUGUGUCGAGUCAGGUGUAUUUUGAGGCUCUCUGAUUCUUCCUUGGUCUGUUGGUAAUCUUGCUCAGAGCACGGAAGUCCCUCCCUCCACCUCUCAUCUUUGUGUCUUACUAUCACUCUCCGCUCUUCACUCCUGCACCGUGGAGAGAAACAGAAGGCAUGGAGGUCCAGCAGGACAGUACAGGGGAUAAAGCUGACUUGGAGCCGUCGGGGACUGCUACCGAGACAGAUCGCCACGGAUUCAUAUUGGGGAAAGGAAUCAACUCUGGGGAUGAACCUUCACCUGCUCUGGUGAGACACCGAGAGAUGAAGUGGCUCAGCAUCAUCAGUCAGUGGGAUGACGUCUCUCAGCGAAGGAGCAGCAAGGUCAAGGGUCAGUGUCAGAAAGGUAUCCCAGCAUCCCUCAGGGCAAAGUGUUGGCCACUGCUGUGUGGUGCCAUGGAGCGGAUGCGUCUCAACCAAGCGCUGUAUCAGACUCUGGAUGAGUCUCCUGCUUUGCAGAACUGGGUGGAAGUCAUAGAGAAAGACACAGACAGGCAGUUCCCUUUCCAUGAGAUGUUCCUGUCAAAAGAUGGUCAUGGGCAGCGUGAGCUAUUUGGAGUGCUGAAGGCGUACACUCAAUUCCGUCCUGAUGAGGGAUACUGUCAGGCCCAGGGUCCGGUGGCCGCAGUGCUACUGAUGAACAUGCCCACAGAGGAGGCCUUCUGGUGUCUGGUGCAGAUCAGUGAGCUGUACCUGCCUGGAUACUACAGUCCUCUCCUGGAGGGGGUUCUGUUUGAUGCUGCCAUGCUUCCCUGGGUUCUAAAGAGGGCGUGUCCCGCAGCGCACAGGCACCUGCAGCGGCAGGGGGUGGAGCCGCUGAUGUUUGCCACCGAUUGGCUGAUGUGUCUGUACACCAGACACCUGCCUUUCAACACGCUGUUACGUGUCUGGGACUUAUUCUUCUGCUACGGUGUGCGGGUGCUGUUCCAGGUGGCGGUGGUGCUGGUGCGGCGGGCUCUGGGCCGCGGGGACCAGAGGGAGGAGUGUGACGGGCAGAUGGAGACGCUCGAGCGCCUGCGGGGGGUGAAGGAGCACCUGCUGCCUGAGCAUGCGGACGCCUUCAUCCAGGAGGUGUGCUCAGUGUCCAUCUCCGAGAAAGAUUUACAGCGGCGGACCGAGAGAGAGCUGGAGAACUGGAGGAAGGAGCGGCCGGACUCGACCUUUGACCCCCGUGUGCGCUGCCAUGGAUACCUGAUGGCAUGGGAGCGGGUGAAAGAGACUGAAGAGAAGAAAGAGAGGAGAGCGAAGGAGAAAGGGAACCUAACCCUGGCACCCCUUCGAUCGCUAUCCUCACUGUCCUCCCUCUCGCCAUCACUCCUGCGGAAGUGGAAGAAGAGAGGAAGCAAGGUGGUGGAGGAGGAUUGUGAGGGAGGUGCAGGGGAGCUGAGGCACCUCCGAGGAGGAGGAGGAGGAGGAGGAGGUGAUAAACAAGAGAAGGAGAACAGGAGGAGCAGUAAUGGCAGCUCCGGCAGCACGGACGGGCCCCAGAGAGCUGGACCGGGCCGAGGCGUGGAGGAAGCCGGCAUCAUUACACCAAAUCCUUGCCCUUCAAAAGAAGGAAGCCGCUUCAGAACACCCUCGGAUGGAAGCAUGCCAGGAGUGGGGUCAGAGCAGGCCCAAACACACACACACAUAGAGGGGUCAGAGCAGGCCCAAACACACACACACAUAGAGGAGCGGCGUAAACCACCCGAUAGGACAGUACCAAAAGAGAGAACUUCAGAGUCAGAUGGACACACACAGAAAGGUUCUCAAGAGAAGACCCAGACUCAAAGCAGUCAUGAGGAAGGAGGAGGACUACACCAAAAGGGUUCACCAGAGGAGGAGAGUCAGACAGUGAAGCAUGGUCAAGAAGAGGAAACACAGGCAAAGACGGAUAAACAACAUUGGGAAAUACAAACAGAGAAAGCUAAACUGGAUAACGAAAUACAAACAGAGAAAGCGAAACUGGAUAAUGAAAUACAAACACUGAAGCAUAAACAGGAGAAGGAAAUUCCGAUACUGAAGGAUAAACUGGAAGAGGAAACACAGACCGUGAAAAUGAAAGAAGACGAGGAAAUGCAGACUGUAAAAGACAAACAGAAAGAGGGCAUGAAGGCAGCAGAGGACCGGCCAGACGAGGAAAUGCAGACGGUCAAGAAUGAUCAGGAGGAAGAUACGAGGAUAGUUACGGAAGAAGAUGGAAUGCAGACUUUGAAAGAUAAACAAGAGAAAAUGCAGUCGCAGAUGGACAAAGAUGAAACACGUCACAGUCCAGACGUACAAGAGGUCCAGCUGAGCACUGGUCAAGAGGAAUGGGAAGGGCAGACAGAGCAGGGGCAAGAGGAGGAAAAAGCACAAACAUCACAGGGUGAGAGUGAAGAGGUUGGACAGACAGAAAUGAAACUAGUUACAGUUACCCGCAAAGAGGUUUCAAACAAAGAUGACUUGCACACAGACCGAGGUGAACAGGAAGACGGAGUGCAAGCGUGCAGCAGACCAGAGGAGGAGGGGCAGCCUGACGGGGAGGAUGUGGAGAAGAAGAGUGAAGAUGACAAAGAAGAAACAGACGUGUCAUCACUUGGCCAGGACAUGAGGCCGCAAGACUCGGCAUCCUCAUCCUGCACACCUCCUCAGGCGUUCUUGAACUUUGACCUCAUGCCUCCUCCGCCACAGAGGUCACUGGACACGGAGUGCAGCUCCCCAACGGAGAACUCACAAACAGAUGUUGGACCCCUCGUGCAAGGUGACGACCACCACAGUCCUCUCAAGGAGAGGCACAGCGACGCCCUGACCGCAACAAAACAAACCAUUCAAGAUCAAGAGCGACCGCGAGAGACAGAGGUGAUGACGGAGGAUACGGAUGCGAUGGAGGGACACUCAAAGUCCACAGAUCAGGAGACACGGGAACACAUGGGAGAGAUCGAGAGCAGGAAGAACCUUCAAGAGGAGGCUUCUGUUAACACCCCAACGACAACAGCACAAGAGAUCUGCUCAUCAUUUCCCAGCAGACCACAGUUGACGACCGACCCCAAAGAGUCCCCACAACCAGUGACAGACAGCAGAGGCGAACCCCGUGUCACUUCGCCCGCAGUGACAGACAACAGAGGCGAACCCAGUGUCACUUCGCCCGUAGUGACAGACAACAGAGGCGAACCCCGUGUCACUUCGCCCGCAGUGACAGACAACAGAGGCGAACCCCGUGUCACUUCGCCCGCAGUGCCAGACAACAGAGGCGAACCCCGUGUCACUUCGCCCGCAGUGACAGAUAACAGAAGCGAACCCCGUGUCACUUCGCCCGCAGUGACAGACAACAGAGGCGAACCCCGUGUCACUUCGCCCGCAGUGACAGCGGCGCUUAAGACUCCACAGGCACGAUCUACAAGUACCACACAACGCACACAGACAGACACCAGCAGCCCACCUCAUGACCUUCAGAUCCAUCCACAUAAUCGGUUGGGAUCAGAACAACAUACACUUAGUCAGACAGAGGACACACCGCAUGCUGUAGAGACAGAGGACCACCACACUGACGCGGUCACCAGCAGAGGAGAAAUGGAGGAUAGGCCUGAAGGAGAGAUCUGUGAAACUCAAGAGGCCGAGGAGACCUUAUCUGAUCCAGUCCGUUUGUCAGAGAAUAGCUCUAACCAGACAGAUUUGAAUGUGUUACGACAUGAAAGUAACACAGAAAAAACAGAAAAAAUGUUUGCUGACGAGAAAGAAGAGCAUGCUGAGCCAAAAGAAGAGAUAUCUAGAUCGCUCAACAGUGACAAGAAAUCCGAGAUUGAGAGGGAUUCUGUGGAAUCUCUCAGCGGUACCGAAGGAGCUCAUAUCGCAUCACUCCUAGAACCAGUUAUAGAAGAACCCAAGGAUUCUGUGGAAUCUCUCAACGGUACCGAAGGAGCUCAUAUCGCAUCACUCCUAGAACCAGUUCGGGAAGAACCCAAGGCUGCUGAAGCGCCACCUCCUACAUCAGGGCAGGUCCGUGUGCAGAGGUACUCCAGCGCCAGGUCCUCCUAUCCUACAGUUCUUUCUGAAGACAUCUUCAGAGACCCAAGGGACAUACCACUGCAGGACAACACCCCACACCAACCACAGGGUCCAACACCGACAGAUGAACCACCGGCAACACCCACUCCCACUCCCAAUCCCAAUCACUCUCCUGCCUCUCAUUCAAGAAGUUCCUCACUCUCACAAGGAUCCACACAAGAUCCAAAACAGGCUUCUUCCCCAUCGAGAGCACAAACCUUGAACACCGCAGACAUGGGGAAACAGACCGAGAGCCCCAAACGCAUGGGCCUCUUCCAGAGACUCCGAGGAACACCCAAAAUGGCCAUCCCCAAAAUCCUCAUCCAGGAUUUCAGCGAGGACGCAGAGGAGGAAAAACUGAGCUCCAAGGAAAGGAGGAAGCGGCGAAGAGAGAGGGAGAGGAAAGAGAAAGAGGAAGAGAAGUUGAGGAAAAAAAGAGAGAAAGAGAUGGAGAAAGAAGAGGGCAGAGAGCGCAAAAAGCCCCAGACUAGAGGGAAAAGUUUUCCAGCUGCCGAGCAGCACAUUCAGGAGCAAAGACAGCACGCUUAGAAGAAGCGACUCCCAAACCGCAGUCACCAGAAGGAACUCAACUCCCUUGGCUGAGAGCUACUUCUGAGUGACAAAGGGAGAGGUAUACUGACUUUUCACAUUGAAUAUUUAAAAUCACAAGAACACAGAAAACAGAAAAUAAAACAUUUUAAUCAUUCUGUUCAGUGAUUUGAAUGGCCACCUGUUUUUUUUUUUCUUACAUGCAACUGAAAUUACACUGACAUUGAUCAUUAUUAAAAUGUUGCUUGGCUUGG